ACGCCCUCUCUCGUCUCGCUCACUGUCUCGCAAUCGUUCCUCUCCACCCACUGUCAUCAAGAAAAAAAGAAUCGUUCCUCUCCACCUCCCUGACGCGAGCGCGGCACCGGCGGCCGACGCAGCACCGGCGGCGGGGGAAUCAUCAUCCACACUGAAAUAUUCUUUUGUACAGAAGGUGCCUGUUAGAUCGACUGUCUACAUUGCCUUUUGAGAAAACAUAGAGGGAUCUUUCUGGCAUCUGCUCUUACGUGAAGCUAGAAUCGCGGAGGGGGUGCUCUGAUAGGUCUAUGCACCCUGUGUCGAUCUCCUUUCAACCCUUCACUGCAACUCCCGCGGGCGAUUUUCCCUCGAGGACCACUAAUGUGAGGUCUCGCGGUGAUUUUGUCAAGUUGCCAACAGUUGGAAGAAGUAGUGGAUACCGUGCCAUGAAUUCCGGACCAAAUUCUGCUUCCAGGUCUGCAACGACUGGGGAGCAGGAUUUUGCUGUGGGAGAGAAUGAUGGUGUGAUCAUAGUCGACCAUGGGUCACGGCGACAGGAAUCUAAUCUCAUGCUAAACGAUUUUGUUACUAUGUUCAGGGCAAGGACUGGAUACAGGAUUGUUGAGCCUGCUCACAUGGAGCUCGCUGAGCCUACCAUUAAAGAAGCAUUUGGAAAAUGUGUCCAGCAAGGCGCAUCCCGCAUUAUUGUCAGCCCAUAUUUCCUUUCACCUGGACGGCACUGGAAACAAGAUAUACCUUCUUUAGCAGCAGAAGCCUCUAAAGAGCACUCUAACGUGGCCUACAUUGUCACUGCUCCUCUUGGAUUGCAUGAGCUUAUGGUGGAUGUUAUGAAUGAUCGCAUCAAGUACUGCCUGAGGCAUGUUGCAGGCGAUGCCGGUGAGUGUGCAGUAUGUGCUGGGACUGGAAAGUGCCACCUCUACUCCUGAUCGUGAUGACAUGAGAGUUGCUCGAAAGUCUAAUCAGGACGCCUUGUUUUUGGCUCAUUGGCAGCGCAGAUUGAUGGCUGAGGCCAAUAAUUCCAUCUUGUUAACCCAUGCUCCUUGUUAUCUGCCAUGCGAUUAGAAAACAUUGUACCAACAAUGAUCUUGGCGGUUUCGUUCAGCUUGUAGAUCUAGAGUGUUUUCAGCAGUCUGAACAAGAAACCAUGACGAGUGUAAAUUUGUCAUGUAAAUCAAAGCCUGGUAUGCACCACCAACAAAUUUGUUAUGGCAAUGUCUGGAAUGACGCUGCAUCGCCAUCCUCCGCCAA